GGUUAUUCUGUAAUGCUCUGAGGCAGCGAGGGUUAGCGCAUGGACCAAUGCGAUUAAAAGGGCAGUGGGAAGAUGCGCGUGCUUGCCUCUUGCUGGACGGAGAGAGGUGGUGAAGAUGGUCUGACUUCAGCUCAUCCGGAUUGGGUUUUCAUUCUUAUUGAACUGAACAUUGACUCUUUAUUUUAAGUUAUUUUAUUUGUCACAUUUUGAUUCCAAACCUGAUUUUAUUUUUCAGUUUUCGUUUUAAGAUGCGUUUUUGUGGAUUCCACAUCGUUAUUGUUUAGGUGUCCCCGUUUCACACCCGGAGAUUUAUUUUAGUACCUACGGUUGCCCGCGUGCCACUACCCUGACUCAGCAUCACACCUGGGCUGCAGGCGAGCACUGUAGCCCCCUCGAGCAUCCCUUUGAAGAGCAGGGAAAGUAGCAAUGCACGGAGGACCAGCGUAGAGCUGCGUAGAGUCGGAUAUCACAGCUUUAACCAAGACAAUCAGAGAGGCACAUAUCCUCCAAGCUCAAAGAGGGGUCUGAAAAGGGGAGAGGAAGAGUAGGCUUCGAGAGCACCAGGGAGGGCGUUAUAGAGAAAAAAGGAGGAGACGGUAAAGACAUUAUUAUCAGCAGCGAGUUGGACUGGUUACUACAAGCUAGUAGCAAAUGUUUAACAUUACACCUGCCACACAAAACAUAAUUAUAGGAAAGCAGCUGUCAAAGUGUGCGGAGGAAGACGAGAAAGCAUAGCUUGGGGUGAUUGAACGGAGCAGGGGAUGUGGAUAUUGGCUGUUAUCUUUUUCCAGAGCAUCUUAAAUGUUUUUAGUGAAGAUCUACGUUCCAGCUUAUAUUUUGUCAAUGCAUCUCUGCAAGAGGUAGUGUUUGCCAGCACCACAGGGACCCUGGUGCCCUGUCCCGCUGCAGGGGUGCCCCCCGCCUCGCUGCGCUGGUACCUGGCCACCGGAGAGGAGAUCUACGAUGUGCCCGGGAUCCGCCACGUGCACCCCAAUGGCACCCUCCAGAUCUUUAACUUCCUCCCCUCCAGCUUUAGUAAGCUGAUCCAUGACAAUACCUACUAUUGCACAGCUGAAAAUCCUUCAGGGAAAAUAAGAAGCCAAGAUGUCCACAUUAAGGCCGUAUUUCGGGAACCCUACACUGUCCGGGUGGAGGACCAGAAAGCCAUGAGAGGCAAUGUAGCGGUCUUCAAGUGCAUUAUCCCUGCCUCCGUGGAGGCUUACGUCACUGUCGUAUCGUGGGAGAAAGACACAGUCUCACUAUCCUCAGGACCUAGAUUUCUCAUCACAACCACAGGAGCCUUGUAUAUUCUGGACGUUCAGAAUGAGGAUGGAUUGUAUAACUACCGCUGCACCACACGGCAUCGCUACACGGGCGAGACCAGGCAAAGCAACAGCGCCCGGCUUUUUGUGUCAGAUCCCACCAACUCAGAGCCGGGGAUUCUGGAUGGCUUUGACCGCCGGGAGGUCAUGGCGUCCCAUCGGGUGGAGCUGCCCUGUAAGGCGUCGGGCCAUCCCAUGCCCAAGUACCGCUGGCUGAAGGACAACAGCCCCCUGGAGCCCGACACACGUUUCCGCCAGAGUGUCACGGGCCUGCUGAUAGAGAGCGCCCAGCCCACCGACUCUGGCACCUACGUGUGUGAGGUGUGGAACAGCUAUGGCAACGCUGAGGUGGUGGGCCGGCUGCUGGUCAAGCAGCCCCUGAAGGCGGUGGUCAGCCCACGAAAGGUGAAGGGCAGCGUGGGUAGUAAGGUGUCCUUGCAUUGCAGUGUCAGUGGCUCUGAUGAGUAUGAACUGUCGUGGUACCGUAACGGAGAGAUCAUCUACCCCGGCAACAACGUGCGGAUCACAGGCAUCAGCAGGGAGAACCUGAUCAUGGAGGGCAUGGCAAAGAGCGACGGCGGGGCCUACCAAUGUUUCGCCAGGAAGAACAAAAUGUCCGCUCAGGAUUUUGUUCAGGUCAUUUUGGAGGACGGCACUCCGAAGAUUCUGUCCUCCUUCAGUGAGAAGGUGGUCAACCCCAACGAGCCAGUCUUCUUGGUGUGUAACGUCAAAGGCACUCCCCCUCCCUCCUGCACCUGGAACCUGGACGACGACCCGGUCAUCAAGGACAGUCACCACCACCCUGGCCACUACGAGACCCACGAGGGCCACGUGGUCAGCCAGCUGAACAUCACCCACACCAAGGAGGUGGACGGAGGGGUGUACCGCUGCACCUGCAGGAACUCGGCCGGGGCGGUCUACCACCAGGCUCGAAUAAACGUAAGAGGGGCUGCCAGCAUCCGUCCAAUGAAAAACAUCACAGCCAUCGCAGGGCGGGAUGCGUACGUCCACUGUCGCGUCAUUGGCUACCCAUACUAUUCCAUCAAGUGGUAUAAGAACUCCCACCUGCUCCCCUUUAACCACCGGCAGCGGGCCUUCGAGAACAACGGCACUCUGAAGCUGUCCAACGUGCAGGAGCUAGACCAGGGAGAGUACAACUGCAGGGUAUUGGUCAAACCUCAUCAGGAGACCAAUCAGAGCGUCCAUCUCAAUGUCAAAGUUCCACCGUACAUCCAGCCCUUUGCAUUCCAGCGGUUCUCCAUUGGCCAGCGUGUCUUCAUCCCCUGCGUGGUAAUGUCAGGUGACCAGCCCCUGGACAUCACCUGGCAGAAGGACGGGCGGCCAAUCCCUGCCAGUCUGGGGGUCACCAUCGACAACAUAGAGUUCACCAGCUCACUGCGGAUCUCCAACCUGUCCCCAGACCACAACGGAAACUACACCUGCAUUGCACGCAACGAGGCUGCAGCUGUUGAGCACCAGAGUCAGCUCAUUGUCAGGGUUCCUCCCCAGUUUGUGGUGCAGCCCACAGACCAGGAUGGGAUCUAUGGCAAAACUGUGACCCUCAACUGCUCUGCUGAGGGUUAUCCACGCCCCACCCUCGUAUGGAAGCACUCCAAAGGUAACGGGGUUCCCCAGUUCCAGCCCAUCGCCCUGAACUCUGGCUCCCGUAUCCAGCUGCUGGUCAACGGCUCUCUGCUCAUCAAACACGUGCUGGAGGAGGACAGCGGCUACUACCUGUGUAAGGUCAGCAACGAUGUGGGAGCUGACGUCAGCAAAUCCAUGUACCUCACCAUCAAAAUUCCGGCCAUGAUCACGUCGUACCCCAACACCACCAUGGCCACGGUGGGCCAGCAGAAAGAGAUGAGCUGCACAGCCCAUGGGGAGAAGCCCAUCAUGGUGCGCUGGGAAAAGGAGGAACGCAUCAUCAACCCAGAGACCAGCCGCUACACCGUCGUGGUCAAAGAGGUGGCUGACGAGGUCAUCUCCACUCUGAAGAUUUUGCCCACUGUUCGGGAGGAUUCUGGAUUCUUCUCCUGCCAUGCCAUCAACUCCUAUGGUGAAGACAGAGGGAUCAUUCAGUUAACAGUGCAAGAACCUCCGGACCCUCCCGAGGUGGAGAUCCGAGAGGUCAGAGACCGGACAAUUGCCCUCCGCUGGACCAUGGGCUUUGACGGAAACAGCCCCAUCACAGGAUAUGACAUUGAGUGCAAGAACAAGUCAGCCUCGUGGAAUUCAGCCCAGAUAACAAAAGACGUGUCCCCCCAGCUGAACCAGGCCACCAUUAUAGACCUGCACCCCUCCUCUACCUACAACAUCCGCAUUUUCGCCAAGAACGACAUCGGCAAGAGCGACACCAGCAACGAGCUCACCAUCACCACUGACGAAGCAGCCCCCGAUGGCCCUCCACAGGAAGUACAACUGGAGGCCACCUCUCCACAAAGCAUCAAAGUCACCUGGAAGGCCCCCCACAAGCACCUUCAGAAUGGGGUGAUCCGGGGCUACCAGGUGGGUUACAGAGAGUACAGCUCUGGAGGCAGCUUCCAGUUUAACAUCAUCAGCAUGGACACCACUGGGGAGAGCAGCGAGAGCAUCACCCUGGACAACCUGAGGAAGUUCACUGAGUAUGGGGUGGUGGUGCAGGCAGCUAACCGUGCUGGCACCGGCCCCUCCUCUCAGGAGGUCAUCACCAAAACACUGGAGGAUGUCCCCUCGCGUCCCCCUGAGAAUGUCCUGGCCAUGGCCAAGUCCCCAGAAGUAAUCUCUCUGUCCUGGUUGACCCUGCCCAAAGAGGCCCUCAAUGGAAACCUGCAGGGCUACAGAGUCAUCUACUGGGCCAACCUGCCAGACGGAGAGUUGGGAGAGAUCAGGAACGUGACCACCUCCUACCCGUCUCUGGAACUGGAUGGUCUGGAGAAAUACACCAACUACAGCAUCCAGGUUCUGGCCUUCACCCGGGCCGGGGACGGGGUGCGCAGCGAUCUGGAACUGGAUGGUCUGGAGAAAUACACCAACUACAGCAUCCAGGUUCUGGCCUUCACCCGGGCCGGGGACGGGGUGCGCAGCGAGCAGAUCUUCACCCGGACCAAGGAAGACGUCCCUGGGCCUCCAGCGGGAGUUAAGAGUGCAGCCGCCACCAGCUCCGUGGUGUUUGUGUCCUGGCUCCCUCCUCUCAAACUCAACGGCAUCAUCAGGAAGUACAUUGUCUUCUGUUCCAACCUUCACCCCACGGUGAUGAGUGAGUUUGAGGCUUCUCCUGAUGUGUAUUUCUACAGAGUGCCAAACCUGGCCCGCAACAGGAAGUACAGCAUCUGGGUGGUUGCCGUGACAGCCGCUGGGCGAGGCAACAGCAGUGAGACCAUCACAGUGGAACCUCGGGCCAAAG